GAAAGACCAUUGAAACUCCUGCAAGCAAGUUUUAUGACAUUAGAUUGAGAAGAGAGAGAGGCUCCAAAGCCUCGAACUCGUAUUCGUGAUUCUAUACAGACUAAGCUCUAUUGGGCACUAGCGGUUCCAGUUAAUUUCGUAGUCCUGACGGUUUCCAAAAUAAUUGAAUGCGCUUCAAGAAAUACAUAAACUCACGAUCAUUCCACUUCUCCCAAAAUUUCGAUUCUCAAGUCGCUCCCUUCAAUUCUACCAUUCGCUCCUCUUCAACAGACCUUCUCCAUUAUCUCCCUUCACAAUGGCGCCAUCCAAACUCGAGACCGAGGAUCACUCCCGCGAUGCUGCUUUCAACAAGGCAAUGCACAAGAACUCCUCCAAUGCUCAGGGCGGCUUCAGUGCUAUGAUGAAGAAAGACAAGGCCGCCCAGAAAGCUGCUGUUGACGAGUAUUUCAAGCAUUGGGACAACAAGUCUGCAAAGGACGAAACCCCUGAGAUCAGAGAGGCACGAAAAGCCGAAUAUGCUACUUUGACCAGACACUACUACAACUUGGGAACAGAUCUCUACGAAUAUGGCUGGGGCCAAUCGUUCCAUUUCUGCCGUUUCGCAUACGGUGAACCCUUUUACCAAGCGAUUGCCCGUCACGAACACUAUCUUGCAGCGAAAAUUGGGAUUAAGGAUGGCGACAAAGUCCUUGAUGUUGGCUGCGGCGUAGGUGGACCUGCUAGGGAAAUCGCAAAGUUCACGGGUGCACAUAUCACUGGUUUGAACAACAAUGACUACCAGAUCGAGCGAGCCACCCGCUAUGCGCAGAAGGAAGGUCUUGCAAACCAAUUGAACUUUGUGAAGGGUGACUUUAUGCAAAUGUCAUUCCCCGAAAACUCCUUCGAUGCUGUUUAUGCUAUUGAGGCAACAGUUCAUGCCCCAUCUCUCGAGGGCGUCUACAGCCAGAUCUUUCGUGUACUCAAACCCGGCGGUGUAUUUGGUGUCUACGAAUGGCUCAUGACUGACAAUUACGACAACGACAACCCACACCACCGCGAAAUUCGUCUUGGUAUCGAGCUUGGUGAUGGAAUUUCGAACAUGGUCAAGAUAUCGGAGGGUGUUGCAGCCAUCAAGGCUGCGGGUUUCGAAUUAGAGCUUCAUGAGGAUUUGGCCAAGAGACCAGAUGCCACUCCAUGGUACUAUCCUUUAGCUGGUGACUUCAGCAUGAUGGGUUCCAUCUGGGACUUCCCUACGAUUGUGAGAAUGACCAAAUGGGGCCGUGCUAUUACGCACAAAUUCGUCGGCGCUUUGGAGAUGGUUGGUAUUGCACCUGGAGGAACUCAGAAGACCGCAGACAGCUUGGCGAUUGCUGCUGAUUGCUUGGUCGCUGGUGCCAAGGAGGAUCUUUUCACGCCGAUGUACUUGAUGGUCGCGAGGAAACCCAAGGCGUAAUAUAUUAUAAUGGGGCGUAUUGAGGGAAUGCUUCAUGGGAUACGUCCUGUCUGAAAGUCAUAGAUAUUCUACUUUUCUGUGUAUAGAAGAAUAGGGAGUGGCGCUUUGCGUGGCGAAUGUCCAUACUGAAUUGACGGAUCAAGAGCAUAAUGGGGAUGGUGGCUACUUAAUAUUAUAAUACAAGAUACAAUGAACCGAGAGUUCAGAGCAC